UCCUAUCCAGUCACAUCUUUUGUUGCUGCUACAACCACAAAGUUUGACUACUUGGACCAUGCCUAAUAUGAAUCUGUUAAUAUUAGUCAGGGAUUCAUCACCACAAAAAGGAGGCAUAUUACUCCAUGCUAAGGGUGACUUUUUGCCAGAGACUUUUUGCUAGAGAUUCAAUCACCAUAUAAAUACUGAGCUUCAUUAUAAAUGGCAGUUGCUUAUCACACCCAUUUAUCCAAGUCUUGUUAAUCAGAUACACAGUGCAAAGAUCAAGAAUGAAAUUCAUGUUUGUCCUGCUUUCACAGAAGCAUUCUUGAGUCUGCUUUUGAAGAACGUUCUGGGUGUUCUCUGAAACUACCACCCUAUCACAAAGAUUUCACAAUACUAUGUGCCAUUUCAGCAUGUAGGGACUCUACUGCAAAUAAGGUAUAUAUGUGCAAAACCUGCCCACCCACUCUUUCGUCUUUCCUUAUAUAGCUGUAUAUACACAUUGGUUAGCCAGUCUUAGGGAUUUAUUAAGAGAAACACACUAAUGUGCGACAGACUCUUCAAGACUAUGAAAUUUGCAGCUGCCUUUGUGCUUCUUGCUCUGAUCCUGUGCUGCUUCUCAGGUUCCACUGCUAAAGAAACAAAGAGGAGCUGCAUCAUAAAUCAAAAGGAAGAAUAUUUUGCGUGCCCACCAGUUGAGUCAUUUGUUUGUGGCUCAGAUGGCAAAACAUACAAGAAUACAUGUUUUCUUGGCAAAGCUAUGAGAGCUUCUUGUGGAAAAGUGAGAUACAGACACCCUGGCCCAUGUAUUGACAGAAAAAGUACUCCAUGA